AUGUCUUCGGACCCGACAACUUCUAGUCUGAACCAGCUCCUAGCGAAGGUUCAGGCCUCAUCUUCUUUGCUGCCAACUGAAGUCUUGUGUCUGAUUUCUUCUUUUCGAUCAAAACACUCCACUGCUUCAGUCCAUUCGACAGCCUAUCUAAUUCUAUCAUCCCUCUGCCAAUCCCUUCGUUCAAAGGCGAAAGGGGGGGAUCAUGACGCUGCUACAAUGGAUAUUGUACGUAUAUUUCAAGAUUCGGUGGUAAAUUUCGUAGGCGAUACAGAGGAACAAGCUAUCAUUACUGGCCUUUCCUUUCUGUCAGCUCUCUUUCAAGUGGACUGGGACUCGGCAUCCAUGAUUUUACUUCAAGAAGGAGUAAUCGACAACAUCAUGGAUAAUGUCGACCUCUCACCCUCCGCUGACCUCGCUUACGAAACGGCCCAUCUUAUUGGCCAAGCCUGCGGUCAUAAAAAAUGUCGUACCCAUCUGACACCUCGAGUCAACCUUUGGCUUGAAUCGGAGGUCACAAACACGCAGAACCAACGUGUGGCGGCUGCCGCGACUGUCGCCCUGGUCAAGCUUCAAAAAGGAGCGAGCGCUGAUGACCCCGUAAAUGAAGCACCAGACAAGAGUGACGCGUUGGCUCAGAAUUUGAAAAGUAUAAUAAUGACCAACGGAGAACUGUCAUCGAUGGUAGAAGCUAUCGAGGGGAUGGCUUACCUCACUAUCGACCCAGCUAUCAAAGAGACUUUAUCAAGAGAUCCAGCGUUUUUGAAACGGAUAUUUUCCCUUUUCUCAUACCGAAAGCUAAACUCACCUGUCACAAGUGGGAACCUUUCGUUGGUCUACGGUGUGCUCUCCAUUAUAACCAACAUCACCAGCUAUCGCCCUCGCCUCAGUGAAGAGCAGUCUCAAGUGGAAAAGCUGAAAUCCAUGACCAAGUCCGGGAAGGGAUCACUCUCUGCACAGGAACCAUCUAUCUUGGACAGUGACGAUCACGUUAGAGCGAGAGUUCGCCGUCUCAUCGAUGCAGGUGUACUUCCAGUCUUUUCAGCAGCGAUGUCACAAACGAAUAGUCGCGGAGUGAGGCUCAACGUGGGUAAAGCGUUGCUGAGCAUCGUUGAAGAUAAGGAAAAUAGAGGCAAGGUGUUGCAAGCUGGAGGAGCGAGGGUUUUGCAAAAUCUCAUCAAGGAAUCUCGAGAAUCUUGUGAACCACCGAACAGGGAACUGAUGCGUAACGUUAUUGACGUAGAACCUAUCCAGGCAUUGGCAAAACUCUCGAUCACGUCCUCGCCUGUACAAGUUUUCGGUCCCAAUGUAGGCGCCAUGAUAGAUGCGAUCCCACCAUUCUCUCACAUGGUCACACACCCCUCGUCGAACUUGUUGCAACGCUUUGAGGGUACAAUGGCUCUCACGAAUAUCGCCUCUUACAGCACCGAUCUCGCCACGCGGAUUGCAAAAGCUGACGGCUUAAUCAAUAAGGUGGAACUUCUUCUUCUAGAAGACCACGUACUAGUUCAGAGGGCCUCCAUGGAACUUAUUUGUAAUCUCAUUGCUGGUUCGGACGAGAUAUUUGAGAGAUACGGUGGAGGGGACACCCUCGGAUCUGCAAUGUCCAAACUGCAAGUAGUCCUUGCGCUAUCGGAUGUCGACGACCUUCCAACUCGGUUAGCCGCGUCGGGAGCUCUUGCGACGCUGACAACCUCUCCAGGCGCUUGCCGCGCUCUACUCGCUUUGCAACUUGAUAGACAUCGCUUUCUGCCGAUGCUGGCGCAGCUUAUUUCUCCUUCCGAGAGCACAGACAGCUCAGGGCAAGCGCAGCACGCCUCCGGACUUUUGCACCGGGGGGUGGUCUGUAUUCUUAACUUCCUCGUCGCCCUCUACAGCGACGCACGAAAAUCCAUUUUCAAAGAAGCAAAGGACGCUGGUUUGAUAGAAUCACUCGCAGACGUUACCGAGAAUCCCAGCGUUAAGACGAACGAGCCCAUUCAACGAACUGCAGCCCAAGCGCUCAAGAUCUUGAUGGACUCCGGCAAGUAG